UAGGCAUAAAAAAAGUUCUAAUGAUUAUAUUAAUAGCGAGACAUUAAAAUUUGGGAUAAAACAGAGUCUAAUAAGCGCCCGCCCUAGCUACAGUGCCGUCUUUUAGAAGGUGCAAUGGGUGUUUCGCAUCGGAGCUCACCCUUGCAGGGGCUCUCCAUAAAUUUAGGGGGGGCUCAAUUCGCCAUUUGGAACCGGAACCUCCAAAUUCAUCAGACAACCCUGCCGAGCUAUGUUGAUGCGGUGAAAUUCUUUAUUCCCUUUCUCCUACUCCUUUCUUCAAGCUUCUGCAUCCAUCUCACUUGUGCUGACACUGGAGACUGGCAGACUGCACAUGCAACUUUUUAUGGUGGCAGUGAUGCUUCUGGCACAAUGGGCGGAGCUUGUGGAUAUGGCGACUUGUACAAGACGGGGUACGGUACAGACAUUGCAGCGCUGAGUACCGUCCUUUUCAACGAUGGGUUGGCAUGCGGCUCAUGCUACGAGAUCACGUGCACCGGCCCGAACUGCGUGCCGGGAAGCAUCACAAUCACCGCCACCGACCUCUGCCCGCCGAACACCAGCUUGCCCAGCGACAACGGCGGCUGGUGCAACCCUCCCCGCCCACACUUCGACAUGUCCCAGCCUGCGUACUUGAAAAUCGCCAUUUACAAGGCCGGAAUUGUCCCUGUUUCUUACCGCAGGGUUUCUUGCAUUAAGAAAGGAGGAAUAAAAUUCACGAUCAAAGGAAACACUUACUUCAACUUGGUUUUAGUGAGUAACGUCGGCGGCGCCGGAGACGUUCAUGCAGUGUCCAUUAAGGGAUCAAAAACUGAGUGGCAACCAAUGUCAAGAAAUUGGGGCCAAAAUUGGCAAACCAAUACCGUUUUGACCGGUCAAAGUCUUUCAUUUCAAGUUACAACUAGUGACGGAAAGACGGUCGUAAGUAACGACGUGGUGCCCUCAAACUGGCAAUUUGGUCAAACUUUUGAAGGGGCUCAAUUCUGAUCUCAACCCUUCAAGGCGCAAUAAAAGAACUUAUACCAAAAGUUAUGCUUUUCUUUGUAGAUCUAGAUUACUCUAGAACUAGAAUUGAGUUCCUUGAAAUUAAAUAAUGUUCUAAAUAAGGCAAAUUUUAUGGUACCUUAUCAAUACUUUGUGAUUUUCGACCAAUUAGAAUACCGUAGAACUCACAUUUGAAUAAUAUAUGAGAAUGAAAUUGUGAUCUGAGC